GCGGGUUUUGAGCCCAUGACUGUCGGAGCUGGAGGGAGAGAAACAAACAGAGGAGCCGCGGCCGAGGGCAGGAGGCUUGGGGCUUACUUUUCACACCGUGUGUAGGAUUUUCCUUGCGAACUGACCUAGAGGAAGUUCUCAGGAGCUAUGGGGACCUCCCACCAGGCCGUUUUGGUCCUCAGCUGUCUCCUCACAGGGCCGGGCCUCAUCCUCUGCCAGCUCUUAUUACCCUCUAUCCUGCCGAAUGAGAAUGAGAAGGUUGUGCAGCUGAAUUCGUCCUUUUCUCUGAGAUGCUUUGGGGAGAGUGAAGUGAGCUGGCAGCACCCCAUGUCUGAAGAAGAAGACCCCAACGUGGAGAUCAGAAACGAGGAGAACAACAGUGGCCUCUUUGUGACGGUGCUGGAAGUGGUGAACGCCUCCGCGGCCCACACCGGGUGGUACACUUGCUAUUACAACCACACUCAGACGGAAGAGAGCGAGAUCGAAGGCCGGCACAUCUACAUAUACGUGCCAGACCCGGACAUGGCCUUUGUGCCUCUCGGGAUGACAGACUCUUUAGUGAUUGUGGAAGAGGACGAUUCCGCCAUCAUACCUUGCCGCACCACAGAUCCAGAGACUCAAGUAACCUUGCUCAACAAUGGCAGGCUGGUGCUUGCCUCUUACGACAGCAGGCAGGGCUUCAACGGGACCUUCAGCGUGGGGCCAUAUAUCUGCGAGGCCACCGUCAAAGGGAGGACCUUCAAGACCGGCGAGUUUAAUGUUUAUGCCUUGAAAGCGACGUCAGAACUGAACCUGGAGAUGGAAGCUCGGCAAACCGUGUACAGGUCAGGGGAAACGAUCGUGGUGACCUGCGCUGUCUUUAACAAUGAGGUGGUGGACCUCCAGUGGACUUACCCCGGAGAAGUGAGAAACAAAGGCAUCACCAUGCUGGAGGAGAUCAAACUCCCAUCCAUCAAACUGCUGUAUACUUUGACCGUCCCCAAGGCCACAGUGAAAGACAGUGGAGAGUAUGAGUGUGCAGCCCGCCAGGCCACGAAGGAGGUCAAGGAGAUGAAGAAAGUCACCAUUUCUGUCCACGAGAAAGGUUUUGUUGAGAUCAUGCCCACCUUUGGCCAGCUGGAAGCCGUCAACUUGCAUCAGGUCAGGGAGUUCGUGGUGGAGGUGCAGGCCUACCCGGCUCCCAGGAUAUCCUGGCUGAAGGACAACUUGACUCUGAUUGAGAAUCUCACCGAGAUCACCACCGACAUCCAAAAGAGCCAGGAAACAAGGUAUCAAAGCAAAUUAAAACUGAUCCGGGCUAAGGAAGAAGACAGCGGACAUUACACCAUUAUAGUUCAAAAUGAUGAUGACGUGAAAAGUUACACAUUUGAGCUGUCAACUCUAGUGCCAGCAUCCAUCCUGGAGCUUGUGGACGACCAGCACGUCUCUGGCGGGGGACAGACUGUGAGGUGCACGGCGGAAGGCACACCUCUCCCGGACAUCGAGUGGAUGAUCUGCAAGGAUAUUAAGAAAUGUAAUAAUGACACUUCAUGGACAGUUUUGGCCAGCAAUGUCUCAAAUAUCAUCAUGGAGUUCCAUCGCCGGGGCAGGAGCACCGUAGAGGGACGAGUGUCCUUUGCCAAAGUGGAAGAGACCAUCGCGGUUCGAUGCCUGGCAAAGAAUGACCUUGGCGUUGGGAACCGAGAGCUGAAGCUGGUGGCUCCCACCCUGCGUUCUGAACUCACGGUGGCGGCCGCGGUGCUGGUGCUCUUGGUGAUUGUCAUCGUCUCUCUCAUUGUCCUGGUUGUCAUUUGGAAGCAGAAGCCACGGUAUGAAAUCCGCUGGAGGGUCAUUGAGUCCAUCAGCCCUGAUGGACACGAGUAUAUUUACGUGGACCCGAUGCAGCUGCCUUAUGACUCCAGAUGGGAGUUCCCGAGAGAUGGACUAGUGCUUGGUCGGAUCUUGGGAUCUGGUGCGUUUGGGAAAGUGGUUGAAGGCACAGCCUAUGGAUUAAGCCGGUCCCAGCCUGUCAUGAAGGUGGCUGUGAAGAUGCUCAAACCCACAGCCAGGUCCAGCGAAAAACAAGCUCUCAUGUCUGAGCUGAAGAUAAUGACGCACUUGGGACCCCACUUGAACAUUGUCAAUUUGCUGGGAGCCUGCACCAAGUCAGGCCCCAUUUACAUCAUCACAGAGUACUGCUUCUAUGGGGAUUUGGUCAACUAUCUGCAUAAGAAUAGAGAUAGCUUCAUGAGCCGACACCCAGAGAAGCCAAAGAAAGACCUGGACAUCUUUGGAUUGAAUCCUGCAGAUGAAAGUACAAGGAGUUACGUGAUUUUAUCUUUUGAAAACAAUGGAGACUACAUGGACAUGAAGCAAGCCGACACCACACAGUACGUGCCCAUGCUUGAAAGGAAAGAGGUUUCUAAGUACUCUGACAUCCAGAGACCGCUGUAUGACCGGCCAGCCUCCUAUAAGAAGAAAUCUAUGCUAGAUUCAGAAGUCAAAAACCUCCUUUCGGAUGAUGGCUCCGAGGGUCUGACUUUGCUGGAUUUAUUGAGCUUCACCUAUCAAGUUGCCAGAGGAAUGGAAUUUUUGGCUUCGAAAAAUUGUGUCCACCGGGACCUGGCUGCCCGCAACGUCCUCCUGGCACAAGGGAAGAUUGUGAAGAUCUGUGACUUUGGUCUGGCCAGAGACAUCAUGCAUGAUUCCAACUACGUGUCAAAAGGCAGCACUUUCCUGCCUGUGAAGUGGAUGGCGCCCGAGAGCAUCUUUGACAACCUCUACACCACGCUGAGUGACGUCUGGUCUUAUGGCAUUCUGCUCUGGGAAAUCUUUUCCCUUGGUGGCACACCCUAUCCUGGCAUGAUGGUUGACUCUACUUUCUACAACAAGAUCAAGAGUGGAUACCGGAUGGCCAAACCUGACCAUGCCACCAGUGAAGUCUAUGACAUUAUGGUACAGUGCUGGAACAGCGAGCCGGAGAAGAGACCUUCCUUCUAUCACCUGAGUGAGAUCGUGGAGAAUCUGCUGCCCGGACAGUAUAAAAAGAGUUAUGAAAAGAUUCACCUGGACUUCCUAAAGAGUGACCAUCCGGCUGUGGCACGCAUGCGUGUGGACUCCGACAAUGCGUACAUCGGUGUCACUUACAAAAAUGAAGACGACAAGCUGAAGGACUGGGAAGGCGGCCUGGACGAACAGAGACUGAGUGCAGACAGCGGCUACAUCAUUCCCCUGCCAGACAUUGACCCUGUUCCGGAGGAGGAUGACCUGGGCAAGAGGAACAGACACAGCUCCCAGACCUCGGAAGAGAGUGCCAUCGAGACGGGUUCCAGUAGCUCCACCUUCAUCAAGAGAGAGGACGAGACCAUUGAGGAUAUCGACAUGAUGGACGACAUUGGCAUAGAUUCCUCAGACCUGGUGGAGGACAGCUUCCUGUAACUGGCGGCUUUGGCGGUUAUCUUCUACUCUCGGAGCCACAUUGGGAUCCCUUUAGGAAAACCACUUCAUUGCAAUGCAAAGGUUGAGAAGAGGACCUGGACCUGGGUGACGUGGAAGGAGAAGUACCCAGACAAGGGCCUCAGGAGCCUCUGUGAAUGAAUGGGAUACUUGGCUUGAACUUUGUCCGCAUUGCCCCUGGCAUCGUCAGUAGCAUCUCAGUGGUGUGUGAAGUUUGGAAAUGGAUGGACAAGGGAAUACCAGGCCACAGAAGACGAGUUUUGCGUUUCCAGGGCACUGGUGAGAUUCCCACAUGCGCAAUUUGUACGCAGCACAACUCCUGCAUUGUAAUUAUGUAAAUAACUCUAACCGAGGCUGUGUUUAGAUUUGUGUUAACUCUCCUCUCUGGACUUCGGAAGAGACCACUCAAUCCAUCCAUAUACUUUCCUCUUGGAAUCCGGUACCAGCUGCUGUUGACUUUUCUCAUGAAGAACAUGCAAAACCACUUUGAACUUGGAAAGGUACCGGAGCCUUUGUGUUUUUACUGUCUUAUUAGUAUUAAAGAGGCAAGAGAUUAAAACUAACCAACCUUGAGUAAUAGAUUUGGGUCUUUUGGGAACCCAAGAACUCUUCUGUAUCUUAUCAUCUAUCCCUAUAACGCUACUACUGUUAACAAUAACGCUAAAUAUGUAACCUAUAACAUGACUUCCCUACAGAGAAAGCACAAUUAGAACUACACCCGUACUAAGCAGGUGACAAGUUUGGCAGUUUUUGACAUUUAUAUGAAGUAACAUGUUUCUCAAUGAAAUAGAAUAGGUUUAGCGGAUUAAAGUUAGCGAACGCUAGAGAGCAGAGCAAAAGUAGUGUCAUCCAGAAAGCCAAACGUUUUCAAUGUUGUGUAUGAAAUAGUCUUCCUAACCCAAGGCACUAAAAGCAGCUAAUCACCUCUGAAGUAGCGGGAUUAGAAGCAAGCAAAGCAGAACCCCUGUGUCCUCAAUGUUCUCAGUAGAAAGGCUUAAGCCUGGGCCCAAUGUGACUUCUCAUGCUGUGACCUAGUGGAAAUGAAUCAUCUACAAAGGGACUCAGAUGGACACAAGUUUUUCAUGACCAGUUAUGACUUUGAUGGGUCCCACCCAUUCCUACUUUUUAAACCUUUGACCUUUAAGGAUGCUUCAACAUCAGCCCCUCACUCUCCUCUCUUGGCUUGUAGAAAAAGAGCUGGAAACCCCGGAACCAUAUGGUGCUGCUGAAUGAAGGUUAAGUGGGCAUUAUUUUGGCUCUUUAGUUCCCACUGUUAACUACAGUUACAGUCACUAGUCUCUGGGUUUUCUGCCCCAGAGAUUUGGAAUUACUAGGUCUGAAGGGAGCAGGAAGCUAUAUAUAUAUUUUAAUAAACUCCUUGGCGCCUCUGAUUAGUCAGUGCUCAGAAACACUGGCCUGGGUUACAGAGGGUUGCCUUGGGUGGGGUGGGACAAUUUUGAAAUUUGGAACUGGGCUAAAAGUCAGCCAUGCAGGAAGGCUACUAUUUAGGUUCUUGGCUUCAUGUCAAUAAUAUUUGAGGCCACGUAUCCAGCAAUUCCUACCCUUAAUUUAAGUUUCCAGGCUUAGCUGAGGCUGAGAAAGCAAAAUCUUGGUUUGGGCACACAUCUUCCAGUUCUAGUCAGUGUGGGUACCACUUCCCACUGGAUGGGGUGUCUGAGCUCGCCACUCCAAAGCAUGCCCACAAAUGAUGCAACUCCGUGUGUCAGGUCUUUGUGUAUUUGGUGGAGAAGAUGGAAAUGUUUUCCUGAUUGGGGGGUUGAGGGGGAGGAUAGCACAACCAUCUUAACUGUCAAACUGGUUAGUGUGAGUUCAUUGGCAUUCUCUGCGAUGCGCCUAAUUGCUGACUCUGUACGAAUGAAGCAUGGGCUGUGAUUACUGCAAUCACUGCAUGUUCUUCCAGCAGGUGAUGCUUUGGAAGCCUCAGAAGCAAUAACAAGGUACUUGACUACCUACUGGUAUAAUCUCAGCGCAAACCCCAACUUUCCCUUCUCACAGUAAGUGUGAAGACUGAGCCAGAUUGGCCAAUUAAAAAAAAGAAAAAGAAAAAAAAAAAAAAAAAAACAACCCCAAAACCUGACUAGAUUCUUUAGAGCCAAUUAGACUGGAAAUACAUUUGUGUUUCUAGAAAUGCUCAAGCAUUCUUUUUAUCAUCAAUUUGCACAGCCUUGCUUUUGUCGGUUCUUUUUAUUCUGAUGGUACUACUUGGGGCCUUGCAUGCCACAUGAGGUUGGAUGAAGCUUCUCAGACCACCAGUUUCCCAUCCUUAGCAGCACUCUCCUCUGAGAUUAAGUGGAAAUACAUUCAUUUUUGUUUUCUGAGACAAGGUCUCUCUAUGUAGCUGCGGCUAUCCUGGAACUCAUUGUGUAAAACCAGGCUAGCCUUGAACUCUCAGAGAUCCACUGUCUCUGCCUCCCAAGGGCUGGGUUUAUAGGUAUAAACCACCACACUCAGCAGGAAUACACUUUUAUUUUUAAACAAUGUUUUGACUGUAUUCCUGAUUCAUUUCCUUUCUGGCCUCCUGCAGAGUCCCUGGAAGAAAAUUUAGCAAUCUUCCCUGCUUUCUAUUUUUUAUUGAUGACAAUCAAAGCCGGCUGGAGGAACACAAUUUGUGAAUUUCUAAAUGAUCAAUGAUGUCCUUAAAAUGUGGCCUGCCAACCUGUACAAAGUGGUCCUAUAUUUGUGAAGAGGGACGUAAGAUAAAAUGAUGUUAUACAUCGAUAUGUAUAUAUGUGUUGCUAUGUAGACUUGGAGAAUACUGCCAAAACAUGUAAUGACAAGCUGUAUCACUGCCUUUGUUUAUAUUUUUUUUAACUGUGAUAUUCCCCACAGGCACAUUAACUGUUGCACUUUUGAAUGUCCAAAAUUUAUAUUUUAGAAGUAAUAAAGAGAAAAAUACUUACAUGUUCCCAAAAUGGUGGUGUGGUUGAAUGCGUGAGAGCAACUAACUCCAUAGGGAGGGCCUGCCAGUCAGUACAAGAUGGCUUCCAAAUACCCCUGUUCAUGUUUUGUUUUAAAAAAAAUGUAAAUGGAGAUCUUUAUAUUUCAAUAAAUGAUUUAUUAUAUAUGA